AUGAGGCCACCUGCCAUAGCAUCGUGCAGGAGGCACUCGGCAAGACAGAAUCUAUCCAGAUUCUCAGCAUUACCAUAUGGCAAUCCUCAACUCGAAUUGCAGACAACUAUCACCGGUGGUCUCGGAGUCAACACUGGCUUCGCAGAUGUUCACAAUCUCAUUUGGAAGCUUGAUGCUGUUCUACGGGGGUUCGCCUCUACCAAGCUGCUCGAAACGUACGAAGCGGAACGGAGGCCCGUGGCGAUCCAGAAUGCUGGGCAGAGCUCUCUGAAUGAAGAAAGGAUGGACCAGCUCGGCGCGUGCAUCAACCCUGGCGGCGUGGGACAGGAAAAAGAGCGACUUACCGACCCCACGUUCCAAAAGCUUGUGCAGGAGGGUGUGCAGCUGAAUGCGCCGCAUUUCGACUCCUUAGACCUACAGCUAGGCUAUGUCUACGGGCAGCCCAGGGAUGCGGAAAAAAAGCAUCUCGGUGCUCGACUUCCGCAUAUUUACAUUGAUGAAGCAAAGAAAAAAUCCGUUCUGGACUUGGUGGAUGGCUCCAAGUUCGCCAUUUUCUCGCCUACUCAUGAACUGUGGUCAGACGUGGAGCAGAGUAUGGACGAUACUAUCAGGGCAUGGGUCAAGCCCAUAAUUCUGGGCCGAGACUUUGACGUGAAUGCCGGCGAUGCAGAAUGGCUCCAUCGGAUGUUUGCCAUUGGCCUCACUCGUGUGGUUCUGGUCCGCCCGGAUCAGCAUAUCGCGGGGUUUGUGGAGUCGGGCUCGGCCUGCCACGCCAUGCUGCGGAAAUUGUUCCAAUAG